AUGAGUUUAGGGAUAGGUGCAUUUAAAUUUUAGACAAUAAUUAGCCAUGAGAUAAAAACAACUAGAGACCCUGGACACAAAAGCAGAAUUAGAUCUUAAUCUCGUAAAUCUAUUUAAGAAAAAUGUAUGCUUUAAUUAUAAAACUCAAAAAAAAAGUUAAAACAAAAACCUAUUGAUAUUGAAAAUAAAUAUAAAUAAUAGACUGAAUAAAACUAAGAAGAGUUUGAUGAAAGUUUAUUAAAUGAAAUUUCUAUAUUUGACAAUAAGAAAUAAGAAAAAAAAAACUUUAUUCUUUAAGUUUCAGAACCUAGUAAUUCUGAUAGUUCCUUUUCAGAUGUAGGCUUUGAAAAUUUUUAAGAUAAUAAGAUUAAUAAUUAAAUAAAAUAGGAGAACUUAAAAAAAUCUUUAUUGUGUUAAAGAUUAAAUAAUCUAACAGUUACGUUUAAUCAACCUUAAAGUUCUUAACUUUUUUUGUAAUAAGGAAAAGUUAAAUCUAAAAUAAUUUCUACAAAACAAAGAAAUCAAAAAAUUUUGAAUCCUUCAUAAUUUAAAAAAGACAUAUAAUUGCUCGGAAGUCUUAAAUAGAAUUAGGAAUUUAAUGAGAAUCAAGCAAUUAUUGUUGAAGAAUAUAAAUUAAAUAAAGAAAUUUAUAUAGAUAUUGAUUGUUAAGAGAUUAAAACAUUUAUGAGGUUAUAAAAUGAAGUUGAAGAAAUGAGAAGAAAAUAAAUGGAUUUCAAUAUUUAGAAAGAAAGACAUUAUGAAAUUGUUAAUGAUAAAUCAAAUAAAUAAAUACUUAGGAAUUAAAGAAAAUCUGAAGAGAAUAAACUUUGGUCUGUUAUAAUGGCAAAAAAUUUUAUAAAGAAUUUGAAAUUAAAGAAAGAAACAAAUAAUCGAACUUCAUCAUAAUAAUCUGAAGGAGAUUUAAUUAAGAAAAUGAUGAGGGUUACUUAAAUUAAAUGA